AUGCUUCGGGCGUUCAUCAGUGCCGUGGUGGGUGCCUUUGGGCCAGCCACUUGGAUGGUCGUACUGUGCGUCAUCCUAUGGACUUCUGUUAGCCGCGCCCACAACAAUCCCGUGAGCGGUGGUGCUGCCGGGACGUCGACCCUGACGGACCUACGGGGGGCUGUGACGGCCGGCGAGUUGCUGUUAAUAGAGGCCGCCGCCGCAUUGGAGUCUGCUGCAUCUGCAACUGGCGCCGCUCCGGCUGUGAGGGUCGCCUUUCCCACCCUCGCCCCCGAAGAUCUAAAAGUCGACCGCAUUUUCGUGAAUAACUGGCAACGUGCUGCAGGAAAGGCCAGCAAACAAAGCAGCGCCAUCAUGGAAGAGUUCUUCAGGGAGGGUGCCGGGUCCAAAUUAGGACCGGAGCUUCAUUUGCUCCAGCGCAUGGUGCGCGCGUUGUCGGAUCUCCUACAGGAACUCCAGCAGCAAUCCUCUCGCUUCCAGAAAGACAUCAGUACCGUUGACCUUUCCGUUCUGAAACACUCGCUUCAAGGGGGAGAGACCAACGAGAACCCUGUCCAUUUCUUUGGACAAGGCAUCAUGAGACUCAACGCGCACUUCGAUUGCAAGGCUGCCAACCCAUCCUCGGCGAGCUGCGAGAAUGGCAACGAGGCCAUCUCCCCUGACGACCCCGAGGCCGCAUUAUUCAUCCGGAAUCUGCACUCGGCCCACGCCGCGGAGAGCAUGAUGCAUGGUUCAUUCCGGAAUGCCAAGGUGAGGCUCGAUAUUGAGAGACCAAGGCCCAGAACGCGGAAGCCAAAACCGGAACGGGGACGAGGCAGAAGCGGAACAAGGGCAAAGACGGGAGAGGGCGAGGCUCGUCCCAACACCCAGAAUACAAGCUCUGUCAUGUACCCCGCCACUCCAGGUCAUCCUCGUGGCCGUAGCCGUCGCCGUCGCAGUGGUCUCCAAGAUGAUGCCGCCGCUGCACCCGAGCUCAGCAGCGGCCAAGAACCUCGAGGGCAUGCCGAAACCCAGGGCAACAACCGGGAUACCACCGGGCCGUGCAACGGCCGGCAGCGUGCUGCUUUUUUCGGCAUGUCUCCUGCUGCCCUCCUAUCCAUUCUGUUCGCCGUUCUCUACGCUAGCUUCUUGCUCGGCCCCGCCCCCAGCCCCAUCUCGGGGCUAAGCCCAGACAAGGUGGUGAUCAGGGCGGCUACCUCUCCAGCCGACGACCUGGCCAUGGUUUCUGAGCUCUACGCCAACGCGUCCACCGCCAUCAACAUUCCUCACCACAACCUCAACGUCACCCUCGCGCUCGACGCCCCCGGCCUCAUUCGGGUCAACGCCACCUCUCGGCUCCCCGAAACAACGCUCUACUUUGAGCGCAACUUGUCGAAGUAUCAGAUGAGCCGCGAGGAGGGGAAACGCUUACCGGCCGAAUACGCACCCUUCAUAGUUGAUUCUUUGAACACCACCAUCACGCUGGAAAUGGCGAAUACUUUGUGGCCGGUGGUCAUCCACGCGGCCACAGAUCUGCUGACCGCCGGACUGGGCCCUGAGCACCCGGAAUACCCAGCGUUGAGGGCCCCCUUGAACGACGAAAUCAAGAACCGCUGCUCAGAACGCUCUGGCCGAGGGAGUGAGAGACCGGGUCAGAGGGACCGUCGCGGAGCGGGGGGGAUUUCGCUGCUUGAGCGCAUAUCCGGCUACAUCUCCAACCAUAGCCUCGUGCGCCGCAUGGAAACGCUCGAUCGCGCUCUCCACACCCUUCACUCUCUCCGCCUGGGGCUGAGGCCGCAGACAUGGAUGCUGGCCAACUUGGCCUCGAACAUGCUGCGCGCCUGCGUGCUCCAGGACGAGUUGCGGCAGCGUGUUCGCGCCCUCCAUCGCAGCCAGUCUGCAUGGUGGGAUCUCGAGUGGGACGAUGCCCGGGAAAACGUGAACUUGACCUUGCUACCUUUCUCCCGGCCAACGAAACCGCCAGGCAACUUCGCGUGGCGAUGCAAAGAUUAA